AUGCGUAAUAUUGUUAUGUUUCCUGACUCGGGUGCUAGUUCCACCUGGGGAUAUCAUGAGUUGAUGUCCAACUUUGAGAAUACACGAGGUUGCAAAGAAACAGGUUUCUACGGAUCUUCAUGUUCGGUUCCGUGUCCUGAAAACUGUCUCCAUCCUUACUGUCACAUAGAAACAGGUGCUUGUCAGGGAUGUAAACCUGGAUACCAGGGACAUCAGUGUAAUGAGUCCUGUAACAGACAUUUCUAUGGAGAGUCCUGUGAGAAGAAAUGUGGAAAUUGUAGUGAUGAAGAAACAUGUAACCAUGUCAACGGAACGUGUGAAAAGGGAUGUGACCAUGUUCGAAUGGAACUUUCGGAAAAAACUGUAAUGAGAAUUGUAACGUCAAUUGCGGUUUACCAGGAAUCUGUAAGAGGACAACAGGAGAAUGUGAGGGCGGAUGCCAGCCUGGCUGGGAGGGACCUCAAUGCAAAAAUGGUUUAUUGA